CGUAGCUAAAUGCGGAGAUCUCAUUCCGCUUCGGGGCUCUUGAGGCGAGCCUCAAGAACGGGCGUAACACCUCGCCCUCGGCCACCGGAGUUAAAGGUCAUCAACGGCCAUCAAGGUAUUUCGUUUCUCCAUCGUCGCUUCAUUCAAUUCCUUCCAUAUCUUACCUCGGUCAAAAAGAGCAUUACCCACAAUGUCUAAUAGUACAAUUAUCUCUUCUGAGAAGAGCCGCGGCCAAUACCUUCACGAGGCCAAGGCUCUGAAGCUCGAAUCAAGAGAGCUCGCGUCUCUUGCCAGCGAUGAGGUUCGCAUCGCCAUACGCUCCACCACCAUUUGCGGUUCCGACGUACACUAUUAUACCCAUUUUUGCAAUGGGAGUAUUCAAGUCCGCGAGGCCCUCUGUCUCGGUCACGAGGCUGCGGGUCAAGUCGUCGCGGUGGGAACCCUCGCAUCCCAAGCAAGACCAGGCUUGAAGGUUGGCGAUACUGUAGCGCUUGAGUGCGGCGUGCCCUGCGAGCAGUGUGCGCAUUGUCGCAGUGGGAGAUACAACAUAUGCCCAGAACUUCGUUUUCGCAGCUCAGGAUCCAAGUUCCCUCACUACCAAGGAACACUCCAGGAGUUUGUGGACCACCCUGCGUGUUGGGUGCAUCACCUCCCGCCGGAGCUGGACUUUGACGCGGGCGCACUCCUCGAGCCUCUAGCCGUCGCAGUACAUGCUGUCCAUAGGGCAGGGCCGGACAUGAUCUCCCAUAGGCGUGCGUGCCUGGUCUUCGGCGCCGGCGCUGUAGGACUGCUGUGUGCUAUGGCGGCGCGCGCGGCAGGCUGUCAAGAUAUUGUCAUGGUCGACAUUGAUGAAGGCCGCCUAGGUUUUGCCCUAGAGCAUGGGUUUGCUUCUGUUGUGUAUGCGGUAAAGCCCAAGAGAGGGGAGACUUUGGAAGACAAGCUGGGUAUUAGUAAGGCGACUGCAACAGAGAUUGGGGAGCUGAAGUGGCCGGAUGGCGAGCCCAUAGGUAAGAUGCAGCGAACUUUCGAGUGCACAGGCGCCGACUCGUGUCUACAGUCUAGCAUCUAUGCCACUGCAUCAGGCGGAAGCGUCAUCCUCGUUGGCAUGGGAAUCCCCAACCAUACACUGCCAAUCUCAGAGCUCUCAGUCCGGGAGAUCAAUCUUGUCUCUACGUGGCGAUAUGCAGAUGCUUACCCAAGAGCAAUUGAAAUUGCGAAGGCAUCAAUUACCAGGUCACCAAUAGACGGCAAGACUUUACCCGAUAUGUCUCAUAUGAUAACUCACCGGUUUAAGGGGCUUUAUCUCGUUCAGGAUGCUCUGGAAAUGGCCCGAAAGACACGAGAUGCCGAUGGGAAGUUAGUGGUGAAAACAGUGGUAGCUUUAUAA